AUGCUAUUCUUCCCAGAAACAGGAACCAAAGUGGAAGGCCCAACUCCACUACCACCUCUCUUACACAAUCCCCUGCCUCACAUCCCGCUUUUCAACCCUUCCAAUCGUCACCCACCCGUCGUGCCAUCUAAACGAUUUCUUCAGCCUUGCCCUUUCUUCAAAACGCCUGUCUCCAAACUUUGUCUUUUUCAAAACAGUUUUCUCCAGCUUUUCGCUUUCUUCAAAACAGUUUUCUCCUGCUUUUUCCUCCUUCAAAACAGUUUUUUCAACACUUCCCUAUCUGCAAAAAUAGUUUUCUCCAGCACUUCCAUAUGUGAAAAACAGUUUUCUCCAAGCUUUAUCUUUCAGAACAGUUUCCUUCAGUGUUUCUCUUUCUUCAGAUCAGUUUUCUCCAUCUUUUCCCAAUCUUCAAAACAGUUUUCUCCAGUCUUUCCCUUUCUUCAAAAGGGUUUUCUCCAACCUUUAUAUUUCUUCAAAACAGCUUUUUCGAACAUUUCCCUUUCGUCAGAACAGUUUUUCUCCAACCUUUAUCUUUCUUCAAAACUGCUUUCUCGAACAUUUCCCUUUCUUCAUAACAGUUUUCUCCGGCUUUUCUCUAUUUUCAAAACAGUUUUCUCCAGCCUUUCCCUAUCUCCAAAAGGGUUUUCUCCAACCUUUAUCGUUCUUCAAAACAGCAUUCUCGGACAUUUGCCUUUCUUCAAAACAGUUUUCCUCAGCCUUCCCCUUUCUCCAAAACAGUUUUUUCCACCCUUCCCUUUUCUCCAAAACAGUUUUCUCCAGCGUUUCCCUUUAUUCAAAACCGUCCUCAGUCUUCUCAGAAGAAAAAGUGUAACUGUGUUAAUAAUUGAGUUUUUUUAUACUAUCAUCUAG